AUGAUGGAAGGUCAGCGCUCCUUCGCGCCUGAGCCCAAGAAUUCGGCCACAAUUCUCUGCGCAGACUGUGGCGCGCCUGUCGAUGGUACCCUUUCAGGAGCCUUUUGUUACGACUGCAUAAAACUCAAGACCGAUGUCACGGGUGGUAUCCAACGCGAGGCUAUUCUGCUCAUGUGCCGCGACUGCGACCGAUGGCUCUCCCCUCCCACGACCUGGGUUGUUGCCGCUCCCGAAUCGCGCGAACUCCUCGCGCUUUGCCUACGAAAGUUGCGCGGACUGAAUAAGUUGAGGAUUAUCGAUGCGAGCUUCAUCUGGACUGAGCCGCAUAGCAGGAGGAUAAAGGUCAAGAUCACGGUGCAGUCGGAGAUCAACGAGGGUGCUAUCAUGCAGCAAAGUUUCGAGGUGGAAUACACACAAAACUACAACCAGUGCCCGGAUUGCGCAAAGAGUUACACACACAACACAUGGAGAGCGUGUGUACAGGUGCGACAAAAAGUGCCUCACAAGAGGACGUUUUUGUACCUGGAGCAGUUGAUUCUGAAGCAUGGAGCGCACAAGGACACAAUCAACAUCAAAGAAGUCCACGACGGUAUCGACUUCUUCUUCGCCCAGAGAAAUCAUGCGGUAUCCUUCUGUGACUUUUUGAAGGCUGUCAUUCCAGUCAACAUCAAGCGAUCAGAAGAGCUCAUUUCACACGACAUCCACACUUCGACGAAGAACUAUAAAUUCUCCUUCUCAUGCGAGAUCGUUCCGAUCUGCAAGGACGAUCUUGUAGUGCUUCCCAUUCCGCUCGCUAAAAAGAUUGGCAACAUCUCGCCUCUUACACUUUGUACCCGUAUUGGUACUUCUGUCCAACUACUCGACCCUGCGACUCUGCAGACCGCCGAUGUCGCAACAGACAUAUACUGGCGGACGCCGUUCCGACCGCUGGCAGACGUCCAGGAACUUACCGAGUUUAUUGUCUUGGACAUUGAGCCGCUAGGCAAGCAGUCGGGUCGCAACUUCCUUGCUGAGGCUACUGUAGCUCGCGCAUCUGACAUGGGCGUUAACGACACUACCUACUACUGUCGGACGCAUCUCGGUGGUAUCCUACACGUCGGUGAUUCGGUGAUGGGCUACUUGCUUAGCAACACGAACUUCAACAGCGAGCUAUUUGAUGUUCUUGAGUCGAACAACAAGUAUGCAUCGGCGAUCCCAGACGUCAUGCUCGUCAAGAAGUACUACCAGCGCUCCAAGAAGAACAAGAACAAGCGCAACUGGCGCGUCAAGCGCAUGAACAAGGAGGAAGGCGAGAUGCUACCCCGCAAGCAGGACCAGGAGAAGAUGGAGCGCGACUUUGAAAUGUUCCUGCAGGACGUCGAGGAGGACCAGGAAUUGCGCGCGACCAUGGCGCUAUACAAGGCGCAGCAGGAACAGAAGCAGAAGGACGCGGACGCGAUGGAGACGGAGAGCAGUCUUGGCGACGACGAGGAUGAAGGCAUCCAGAUUCCGAUGGAGCAAUUGCUAGAUGACUUUGAGGAUAUGAAGAUGGAUGACUAG